AUGCUGCUUCUGCCACUCUUGUUGUUUUUUCCUUCUUUGUUAGGAUUGUUGCUUGCCACACAAAACAGCGCUCUCUAUCGAUACCCAACAAGCGAUCUUUCUUUCGAUUACUUUCAGCGUGAUGUCUUCCAUUACUUAUGCGCUGAGAAACUUUCAUCAUCCACGGUAAAAGAUGAGUUGGACUGCGGUUUUCUUUGCCUUCGUGAGCCAAAGUGUCAUUCGUUUAACAUGGCAGCGUAUCUCGACUCCAAAGGAGUUUAUUUGUGUGAGUUAUUGGCCACAGACAAGUACACAGAAACUGAAAAGUUCCAUGCAAAUGUUUCCUUCCAUCACUACAGUCCGUUGCUUCCGUGUGUAAGCGCUCCUUGUAAGAACGGAGGUGUCUGUGUUCCUGAAUAUGAAAGGAACUCCUAUCAUUGUGAAUGUAAACCUGGAUUCUGCGGAACUCACUGCGAAAGGGAAGGAAAUCGAACUUGUAGUGACAUCAAAUACUGCAAUCCUGAGGCUAAAAAUGGCUCUUAUGUCAUCGACCCUGAUGGAAAGGGCGGAGUGAAACCAUUUAAAGUCUUCUGUGACAUGACUGACAAGGACGGGAUAGGAGUGACAGUUGUCAGUCACGACAGUGAAAGCAGAAUGCUGGUGGAUGGAUUUGGUAGCCAAGGCCACUAUUCUCGCUCCAUCAACUACACGGAGGCUGAUAUGGCUCAACUUGCGAACCUAACAGCUUCAUCAGCUCACUGUGAGCAGUUUGUAAAGUACGAGUGCUACGGCUCAGUGCUCCUCUACAAUGGUAACAUGUACGGCUGGUGGGUGUCACGUGAUGGAGAGAAGAUGAAGUACUGGGGAGGAGUUGAUUCUGUUGAUUAUAAAUGCGCAUGCGGCUUGAAUAAUACAUGUGCAGACAUUAACUACGGAUGCAACUGUGACGUAAAUGACAACAAAGGGCGAGAAGACAGCGGCUUCCUUACAGACAAGACAAAGCUUCCUGUGAAGCAACUGAGGUUUGGAGAUACUUAUGAUGAUUCUGAAAAGGGAUACCACACCCUUGGAAAGCUCAAGUGUUUUGGACUCAUUUAA